AUGGCCCGGACCGCCAGUAUGGCCAGCGACGGCCACGAGCGUCUGGAGCCACGACUGCUCCGGGCAGCCGAGAACGACGACAUCGAAGCCCUCCGCACGGUGAUCGCACUGGCCCGCGAGUACAACCAACUCAGCGAAAACUUCCUGCGAGUGGCCGUUAUGCGCAGCGCGGAGCGAGGAUCUGUCGCCGCGACCGAGUUUCUCCUGCAACUCGGCGCAAAGACAGACGUCACGGGGAAUCGACUGUCGCCGCUGCUCCGCGCCGUCGAGCGCGACCACUACCAGAUCGUGCGUCUGUUGCUGGACCACGGCGCCUCGCCGGAUACCACAGAUAAGGAGGGACGGACAGCGCUGAUGACAGCGGCGUGGAAGAACCAUGCCGACAUCCUGCAGCUGCUUAUUAUGCGCGGGGCAAAUGUGAAUGCGAGAGACCAUCGGAAGCGCAAUGUGCUGCAUAAUCUGGCGGCGGAUAAGGAGUGUCGGUGGGGAUGGGGCGAUGAGAUUGUCAAGUUGCUUUUGAGGACGGAUUGUCUGGUCGACGGGAUUGACGGGCAGGAUGAGCUAGGGAGGACGCCGUUGCAUUGGGCUUGUGCUCAGGGUAAUUGGAAGCUUGCGGAGCUAUUGUUGAAUAGACCCGAUGGUCCCAAGGCGGAUAUCGAUGCCGCCGAGCUGAGAGGGAAGACGGCGUUGCAUAUUGCGACUGCGCAUGAUAGGGCGGAUAUCGUUCAAUUACUCUUGCAGCAUGAGGCUGCGGUCAAUGCUUGCAGUGAUGGUGGAUGGACGCCGCUCCAUAAUGCCUGCGAGCGAGGGUCCGAGGCAAUCGUUCGCAUCUUAUUGCGUGCUGGCGCACAUAUCAAUAGUCAGCUCUUGAACGGCGUGACCCCUUUGCAUCUUUCAGCGCAAGGUGGUCAUACCGAGGUUGUCAAGUGUCUGUUGGAACGGCCGGAUUUGAAACGUCGAGUGCGCGAUAAUUUUGGCAGCACCCCUUUCUUGCGAGCGGCGCAGUUCAAGCGUAAAGAUAUUGUUCUGCUCCUCGCGCCCUUCAACAAUGUUGACUCCCUGUCCGAUGAUGUGAAAGAUGCCUGUGCGGCCUUUGAUGCCACCGUUGUUGACUUUGGCAAUUUCCACAAUGAGAAUCGCGUGAAGCGAAUGUCGGUCUUCAAUCUGCUUUAUGGUCGAGAUCCAGAGAAUCCUCGCAAGCAAGCCGUGACUACCGUGCCAGCAGAUAGUCGUGCGACUGAAUUUCGCUGGAUCCAUCUGCCAGCAAAUAACAUGGCGUGGGUCGAGGCUCUUCUCACCAAGUCAUUCAUAGAAGAAGGUGCGCAUGAUGUCGAUGGCUUCAAGGGUCUCGAGAAAUCAUUCAACUAUCAGCACCGCGGGCAAAAGAUCCACUCGCACUUCAUGCGGCCUUUGUGCCAGCAUACGCCGCGUUCAUUUGAACGGCGAGAAGAGGAGAAAAUCGAAAGGCAGCAGUCAGAUCCUGCACCAUCAAUCAUGACAGACACCAGCUCCACGUACCGAAAACAGAAGGGACCCAGCAGUAAACUCGACCGAGUGGAGUCCCAUAAUUCGCAUGACGAAAGUAGCGGAGGGGCUGCGAAGAAAAACAAACAGAAGAAGCCCGGCAAAACGGGAAGCAACCCAGGAACCCCCAAAUCCGAGGUCAAAAGCAAAUCGCCAUGGGGUCCGACGGAGAAACAAGCACGCUCAUCUUUUCAUUCAUCGUCUCUCUGCCGGGAUCCUCAAGCUAGCCAUAACCCAGCGUGCAAUGUCUGCGUGUACAUGCCGUAUUUGCAUUUUGAGACUGCGGAGCGCAGACAGAAGAUGCAAGACGCGAUUCAGCGAGCUGAGACGUUGUGUUUCCAGCCCAGUGGUAUGAAGCGAGUUCGUACGCGCGAUGAGAUGCUGAUUGAUGCGCAUCUGUCCUCGUCGACUACCUCUCUGCACGUCCGUCGAACCCUAGAUCAGUUCUUCUAUCCAAAUAUCGAUACCCAGAGCCGUGAUCAGGAUCAAGUGGUAUAUCGCUAUCAGACCAAGGGUCCUGGACGUGACGGGCCAGGCACAGAUCCGAAAAUCUUCAUGGUUGAUCAACUUUGGAUGUGGGUUCUUGGAGCUAACCUCAUCGUGACCAGUUUCCCGCAGCGAUGGGACCAGCCGAAGAAUGACCCUCUUAAUGUGCUGGAUGGAAUCAUCGAGGAUAUCAACUCCAAGACUCGAGACCCCGUUAGGUCGGUGUAUGACCUCGCUAUUAUCAUUACCAACCGGUGCUCGGGUGUCUUUGAUCGCCACCGUCUUGGAGACGACGAGUAUCAGUUCUUGGAUAUGUUUGAGUCCUCAAUCGGUAUCGCCACGGAUCGAGAGACGCUGCUCUUCAACCGCUUCAAUCAUGCCUCCGUGCAAGCAUCUGCCUGGUUGAAGAGCCACCGAAAACUGAAUCCUUUGUCGCGCAGCUCAGCCCGAUCAAUAUCUGGUCGUGACGCAGCGGAAGAGGUCAAUCUAUCUGAUGAUGAAGACUAUUAUGACGAUGGCCAACCGCUGUUCGUUGACCGUCUGCUGGAUAUCGGUGAAGAAACCGACUUGCUAGCGGAGACGAAAGAUAUUCGAGAUGAAUUGAACAUGAUCCGCACUGUCCUGGAGCACCAGAAACAUGUCCUAGUCGACUUCCAGGAUGUUAUCUGCUCAAUCUACCUGGCACAGCAAACCUCCCAAGUCGAUGUCAAGAAGCGCUUCAAAGACCAACAACGCAUGAUCGACAUGCAUCUGAAAGAUAUCGAUCGUAUGGACAAACAAGCCGAGCGUAUCUACCACUCCAUCACGGAUCUACUUGACCUCAAGCAAAAACAUGCCAACGCCUUUGAAGCCCGUUUCGCUCGUGACCAAGCAGCGGGUACGACCCGGCAGAGCAAAACAAUUAUGGUCUUCACCAUUGUCACCAUUAUUUUCUUACCACUGUCCUUCAUCACGUCAAUUUUCACUAUCAACAUGAAAGAGUUCGAAAAUUUGAAUCUGGGAUAUGUUGCUCGAUAUACUUUCGGCAUUGGAUUCGCCAUUUCAAUCCCUCUUAUUUUGGUCGCGCUGUCUGUGGACGACAUUGGAGAUUUCUUCCGAUCGGGAACACUCCGCAGUCGACAUUGGCUGUUUCGGAAAGAUAAACCUGUCACUGCAGCUGACCGUGGCGAAGGCCAACUCAAGGCUCUUGAAAUUGAAAAGAUUAUCAGUUUGGCUCGAACACGGAGAAGUGGGGAGCUAGACUAUGGGCCAAGCCUGCUGCCUGUUUCUACUCGAGGCUCGGCGGCUGCUCGACCCCCGCCUGACCUUUAUGCCAAUGGGCUGGGAACUGGUCUGGUGCGAAAAAGUUACGAAGUCCGCCGAAGUGUGGAAUACAGACCUUAUACAUGA